AUGCAUAUUUUGAGUCGCGCUACCAAAUUGAAGGGAAGACAGACUCGCCUCCAAACAAAAUUGAUCUAUUUGUAUACAAUGCACCUGUGGGUCAGUGGAUCUGGCAGAAACAGCAGAGUGGACCUUUUUGCUUGCAAAUUAGUAGAAAAAUGGGGAGGUAGGUAUCCAGUGUUUUCAUCACAAGUAGAUUUGGACCACGUAUGUGUGAAUAAUGAGUUUAACUUAGCAAAAUGCGGAAAAUUCAAAAAAAAGAAAAAAAAUAAUUUGUGUGGAUUUGGCAAUACAUCAAAAAUACACAAAUAUUUAAUUAUAACAAUGCAAUUUUAUUAG